UGACAUGCAUGUACCAAAAUUUUUGAAGAAGUUCAAUCUAGCUAGAAACUUGGAUUUGUCUCUUCACUUUCCAUUUACACGUAUAUUCCAAAAUUUUUUAAAGAAAUAAGCUCGGCAUACCUAGAAACUUGGAUUUGUCUCUUUCCUUUCCAUCUACAUAUACACGUAUAACUAUAAGUUCAACCAGUUAGAAACUAGGAAUUGUGUCCUAAUGCAUAUUUGAAUACUAUAAAUAAAGGAUCUCCUAUCCUCCCUUAAUCACCAAACUCAAAAGAAAUGAAGACACCAAUCCCUUCAGUUCUCUCACUUCUUCUUCUCCUCCUACUCUCCGUUUCUGCUGAUGAGGCGUUUUCAACACUACAAAGUCGAGAGAAUUUUGUUCAAUGCCUCACUACCCUUUCUAGGGACUACCCCUCCAUCACCAAAGUUACUCACACCCCAACGAUUUCCUCAUAUGCAUCGGUCUUGGAUUACUCCACAAAAAACCUUAGAUUCUCAUCACCCACUACGCCAAAACCUCAAGCCAUCAUUACUCCUUUACAUGAAUCCCACAUUCAAGCAGCCAUAAUUUGUUCCAAGAAGCAUGGCUUGCAAGUUAGAUUUCGCAGCGGAGGACAUGACUACGAGGGUCUCUCCUAUGUUUCUCAGGUCCCCUUCGUCGUCAUCGAUAUGAGGAACUUCCGAUCAGUCGCCGUCGACGAACCAAAUGGCACUGCAUGGGCUCAAGCAGGCGCAACUCUCGGUGAAGUUUACUAUGGAAUCGCAGCGACAAGUAGAACUCUUGGCUUCCCGGCCGGUACUUGCCCUGCAGUGGGCGUCGGCGGACACCUCAGCGGCGGAGGUUACGGCACGAUGCUGCGUAGACACGGCCUUGCUGCUGAUAAUGUGAUCGACGCUAUCAUAGUUGAUGUUAAUGGCAAAGUUCUUAACAGACAAACCAUCGGGGAGGAUCUGUUCUGGGGCAUUAGAGGAGGAGGUGGUGCUAGUUUCGGAGUCAUCAUAGCGUGGAAAAUAAAACUGGUUUCUGUUCCACCAACUGUGACUGUGUUUACACUUCGCAAAACCCUAGAACAAAACGCAACCAAGCUUGUGCACAGAUGGCAAUCCAUAGCACCCAAGCUUGAUCCAAACCUUUACAUCAGAGUUACCAUGACACAGCUGGGAAAGUCAAAUGAAGACAGGAGGAGGCAAACCACAGUACAAGCUUCAUUCAUUGCCUUGUUCUUGGGCAGAGCCGACGAGCUCCUUCGGGUGACGCAGCGGAGCUUCCCCGAACUCGGAUUAACGAAAGAAGACUGCACCGAAACAAGCUGGAUUAGGUCUAUCAUCUACUUUGCAGAACUCCCACCUGGAAACUACUCCCCUGAUGUUCUUCUCAACAGGGCUGUUUUGCCGAGUCGAUACAUGAAAGCGAAAUCGGACUACGUGAAGGAGCCAAUUCCUGAAAUGGGUUUGGAGGGGAUAUGGAAGAUGUUCCUUGAAGACGAGGCAAAGGAGUCCGAGAUGAUCUUUACUCCUUACGGUGGAAGAAUGAGUGAGAUUCCUGCAUAUGCAAUUCCUUACCCGCAUAGGGCUGGGAAUUUGUACAAUAUUCAGCAACUGGCGUGUUGGAAAGAAGGAGGGACUGCAAUAGCUGAUCGACACAUUGCGUGGAUCCGGAGACUUUAUAGCUACAUGGCUCCCUUCGUUACAAAAUCUCCGAGAAGUGCGUACAUGAACUAUAGGGAUUUUGAUGUGGGAGUAAACAACAUAGACAACACAAGUUACAGGCAGGCAAGUGUUUGGGGUUUCAAGUAUUUUGAUAACAACUUUAAUAGGUUGGUGCGAGUAAAGACCAAUGCUUAUCCUGGCAAUUUCCUUAAGAAUGAACAAAGCAUCCCGUCUCUCUCGGCGGAAAGAAGCUAGGUGCGUGCAUAUAUGCAUGCAUGACCAUAUCAAUAAUAUUGUCUUACAAAGCUAGAGAUGGCUUAUUACUGAAUUUAUGUGUUUUGAAUAUUGCAAUGUAGUAGGAAUCAUGAGCACGAGGCAACUACGUAUGCACUGGUUUGCAUAUAGUUGUCUUGUACGUCAAAGAAGUAUUUGCAGUUUGCAAAGAUUUGAUAAUGUGGGAUAAAUGGAUUUGAUAAUUUAUUAGAUACUUAUAUUCUAAGAAGAGAGUAAUUCCAAUGCAUUAAUUUUCUCCCC